AUGGCCGAUUUCAACACUCGUCGAUACAAAAUGGUCAGCAUGACUCCUAAGCGUGGUCCCUUGACUGUCCAGGAGCUCGUAUCUCCGUCGCCGUUGCCAGAAACACCUGCAAAUCGCAACAAUUUCUCGCAGCAAUCGACUAGACCCGUGACAGAAUCUCCUAUGCUAUUAAAGUAUCCAUCUAAAGCUGGAGUACCUACGGUUUUCCAUUCUCCUUCGGAUUCCAGUGGGGAUACAGAGAUUGAAGACGAGAAUCUCACCGAAGACGAAGGGGGCGAAGAGAACGAGGAGGAUGAAGAGUCUGAAGAGGAUGAAGGUGAACAAGACGAAGACGACACAGAAGAUGUGAAUUCAAUUUCGUCAGCCAAACAGACUGAUGGUCAUGAUCAAGCUCAGUCAUCUGCUAUCAAAGCUGAACCUAAAACCUGGUGGGCUUAUCCGGCCAAGGUAAAUGGUAAAAAACCCAAACAACGCAGUCACACCCCCCGGCGCCCUCGGAAUCAUCGAGCACUCGAAGAGGGAGUGGAUCGUUUACAUGCCAAGUAUAAAGUAUUCGACCCGUCAAAGUUGAAUUUGGACUUUCAUACAGAGGCCGAAAGCCCUCCUGGCUCAGGGCAAUAUAGCAAAGCGGCAGGGAUACCGGUCAUCAAUAGAUAUGCACACCCGGUCAACUUUGCUGAUCAUGCAUCGGUCACUCGAUUGAAUCAGUGGCGGUCUCAGAUCAUCGGUCGGAAUUUCCCACCCACUGCCAAAAAGCGAGAAUACUGGCUAGAGCUCGAAAAACAGCAGAUCUUAGCGCUCAUUGCCCAGCGUUAUGAGGACCAUACAAAUAUCCAUUGGAAGACUUUGACCAACAAAUUCAAUGCUGAUAAUAUGGGUGCAAUCCAGCCCAAGGGAUCACCUUUAUUGAGCAAAGAGAAUAAAAAAGCAAAGGCACUUCAAUGCGACCGUCCAGCACCAUGGCGUACAAGCGAUUCGAUCAAGCACGCCGCGUUCAAAUGGUCAGAGUACGAAGUAUUGCAAAAUCAGAGGAGGAGAAAAACCUAUCAGAAUGCAGAGUCAGUCCACGAUGGUGAGGACGAGGAAGAGGAGCCUGAAUCGGCUGACGAAGAGGAAAUUCCUGACCCUCAUCCUGCGCCUCCAACAUACGAGGAAGCUCAAGCACUGCGCAAGAGGAAGGCCAAAGAGGAUAGAAUCCGUCGAAAGUCCAUGGCAUCUGCGAAGAAAGGUCUUGUGCCUACACCUUCAGGUUUGACCACCGCAUCGACAGAACAGGGGUCUUCUGAGUCUAGUUCUCAGCUAGCGGCAAGUGAAGAGCCAGUCUCGUCGUCAGGGUCUCCCAUCACCCCCUGCCCAAUUAUCUCAAGCGGAAAGAGAAUUGCGGAGGAUGCUGUCACGGAGAGUGUUCCUCAGGUAAAGCGCACGAAGAUUCUUGCUUUCCAACCAAAGACUGCUGCAUCUGGUAGCAAACUUGCUGCAUCUUCCAAAGUGGGCAAGACGCCAGAUUCUGCUCGAACAAGUGAUCACCCUGGGUCUUCUUCUAAAACGGUCAAAAAAACCACCGAAAGCUACACAGUCGAGACAACCGCUGUGAAGAAGGUUAUCAAGAAGACCGCAUGA